UCAGGAGAAGAUCACCGUGGGUGAGUUGGCCUCGCUAUUAAACCAUGAACUUCGAGUUCUCCGUCGUUGUUGGAGACAAACAAGUGUUUCUUGAUCCAACCAACACAUACCCACCUUUUUUAAAAGCUAUGCUCAUAAAUGCCUCUCAAAUCCACAUUUUCAGCAUUUUCCACCUCAAAAGCAGCUCUUUUGCCUUUCUAGACCCCUCCAAUGGCUAUUCUUUCUCCAUCCUCUUCCGUUUCAAAGGAACCCUUGUCCUUCCCACUCUCAAUUCAAGGAAGCAAUUCUAAAUAUUUAUCAUUGAGAGAACAGACAAUCUUUGGUGCUAAAGGGAAAUUAGGUGCAUUUGAGCAGACCCAGUUGAAACUAUACAAUGAUUCGAACUAUUCAGGUCUGAAAAUGAAGGCUUCCAGGGAUCCUUCUUGGCUGAUCAGCGAAAUCAAAAGUGACAAGCUGGAGAGCCCAGCAACUAAAAGUGAUACUGACUUAUUUGAUGAGAUGAAACAACGAUUUUUGAGUUUCAAAAAGCAUAAAUACAUAGAAAACCUGGAGCACUUUCAAAAUCUUGCCAAGGGUCAAGCCCCAAAGUUUAUGGUGAUUGCUUGUGCAGACUCCAGGGUUUGCCCCUCAAACAUCCUGGGAUUCCAACCAGGAGAAGCAUUUAUGGUGCGCAAUGUUGCAAAUAUGGUCCCCUCAUAUGAGAGCGGACCAUCAGAAACAAAUGCUGCUCUGGAAUUUGCUGUAAAUUCUCUCAAGGUUGAAAACAUUUUAGUUAUUGGCCACAGUUGCUGUGGAGGCAUUCGUGCACUAAUGAGCAUGCAUGAUGAUGUUGAAACAAGUAGCUUCAUUGGAAGUUGGGUGGUAGUUGGGAUGAAUGCAAGGUUAAGAACAAAGGCUGCUGCAUCCAAUCUCAAUUUUGAUCGGCAGUGCAGGCACUGUGAAAAGGAAUCAGUCAACUGUUCAUUAGGAAAUCUCCUUACUUACCCUUGGAUAGAAGAAAAAGUGAGGAAUGGUGAACUCUCCAUUCAUGGCGGCUACUAUGACUUCAUUGACUGCACAUUUGAGAAAUGGACUCUGGAUUACAAGGCAAGCAAUUUGAAGGAGGAGAGCCGCAAAGUUGCAAUAAAGAACAAAACAUUUUGGUGCUAAAUUUAUCUUUGCUUCGUAUGUUGUACUAAUAUGUGUUGUUUGAUGUUCUUCUGUUUUGUGCCUAAGAAUAAUUUUGUUCCCUUGAAUCAAGGGAAUAACUACCUUGUUAUAAGGUGUUGUAAUUAUUUUUCCUUUUUGAUGUUUUAAGUUGUUGUAUAACGCUUACCACCUUCAUGCAAUUUCCAGUAAAUGAUGUAUUCAACCUUUCUUGUACC